ACUCUUGCUGGAUUAGCGAAAUGUAAACGAGCAGCCGAUGCGAAUUGAUGCGAAUCGUUCGAAGGAUGUAGCGUGCUUGUGUUAUGCGAGAAAUUUAUAAAAUUUUAGAAUGUCGAUGAAUGACAAUCGACUUUACACGGUGAAUGACAUAUUUAACAGAAUGUCUAAGGAGUUCGUAACCGUUGACGGUAACGUGAGAAAGAUUCAGAAGGAGACUCUUACUCCUUACAAAGUAGCAACUGUCAUUCUAAUUAAGGAAUAUUGUAACGACACCACAAGAGAAUUUGCAGAGAGACGUAACUUCUGUUUAGCAUCGUUAAAGUUAAUUCAGUCAGCAGAUAUGGAGUUGGAUGCCCUGCUGAAUAUGCUAUAUGAACCGGAAUAUGCUUUACAUCGUUUUGCCGAUCGGCUGGAAAUAAAUUUGGAUGCUAUACAUGAAAAAGGAAUCGACGAGCUAUUAGAUUUGUUUGAUAAUCUUCGCCGAUUAAUGGAAUCCAAGGAUCACGCGCUAGCCUCACCGGCAUUAAGCAGAAACUCUGUUCUCGGGCUGUACGUUCGUAGGAUGCUUAUUUUCUUUGAAAAAUUGGCUUUUGAUCAAGUAGUCGCCCUUUACAAUGAUAUGGAAAAAUAUAUUGUGAAAAAAAUUGACCUAGACAGCUCUGAUAUUUCUGCAGUCUCUAAACAAGAGGAUUUUGGUCCGGAUAAUAAAGUGAAAACAAUUUGGGGUGGAAGACAGGCGGAAUUACUCGUGGCACAACAAGCGCAUGCUUUACAAACCGACGAGCAUAAAGCACUGCCGCCAGUGGAAUUGCAAACACUUGUACAAGAUCUUUUAAAAUCUAAUCCUUACAACGCCGAUGCACAUUACUUGAGUUAUUUAAAUUGCAUCCGCGUGAAUGACUUUUGUGGAGCGAUAGACAGUCUCUAUCACUGUUUUGACAGACUGGCACCUUUGGAGAACCGAUCCACGCCCGAGGAUCGAUCUCGUACCUUCCGAUACGCGGCACUGAACUUGGCCGUUUUGCAUGCCCAAUUUAAUCACAAGGAAGUCGCACAGUACGCUUUGAAGGAAGCUAUUAAAUUAGCUCAAGAAGCUGGAGACAACGUGUGCUUGCAGCUCGCACAUUCUUGGAUGUCCUACUUGAUCAACAAAGAGAAUAAAGGACCUCUGAUAGAACGUUCAGUCGGCAAAGCAAGUCUUCUCGGAAUCACGCAUACAACAGGCUUAAGCCUCAUUUCGCAUGCGCAUAGUUAUGCUUUAGAAGCCAAGAAUCCUCCUCAAGUGUUUGAUAUUUUAAUGAAGUCAGACAUGCUAAACUGUCAACACUCAAUGUCCGACUUGAUGUCCAUCACUUUUGCGGAAAAAGCGGCAUUAUGGGCAUAUUACGGUAAAACGGAGAUGGCUUCUCUCUGUGCUCAACUGCUACUUCUUCACAAUACAGGUGAUAAGAAGCAGCACAUGUUCAAUGGACCGUCUACGUGUCAGGCGAUUGUCACUGUCGCCAAUAUGUUGAUUGAGUUUGGCGAAUAUAGCCUCGCCGAAGUUGUGCUGGCACAUGCCAAGGAAAGGUUUCCUAACAGUCCGUGCAACAAGAUUUGGAUGUUGAGCGAACAAAUGCAUACGUUCACACAACUAUUACGACAAGAGAAAUGGAGUGAGGCGGAAGCAAUAGCCAGGAAUAUCUCUAGUUUGGAUCAGUUGGAAUCCAAACUCAAGUUGGUGGAAGUUUGCCUAGCUAAAGGCGAUUUUCCGAAAGGAUUAGAGUACAUCGGCGCUAUCGACAGACAUCCUAACAUUAAUCCGCCCUACAUGAUACGUGCAGCGCUUCUUGCUAGUCAGAUAACGUGCGCGUCGUCCUCGCCAGACAACGGGACAGCGAUCGCCACUAAUUGCAUAAUGCGCCUUUGUUCAGCCUUGGAACUGGCUGCACAAAAUCAUCUAUCAUACUACAAGGCGCUUGUUAAGAUGCACCUUGCCAAUGUACAAUUAUUAAUGGGUCUGCCUGUAUUGGCUUUAAAUUUGGUGGAGGACGCUAUUCCCACGAUCUUGAGUCACGGUGGCUGUUACGAUCAGGGCAAGGCGUUCAUGUUGUAUGGCAAGUGCCUGAUGGCUUCGGCACCGGAGAAUCCUUUCGAGGCUCGGAAGGAAAUGAUUCUGAGUGGAAUAAAAAUUCUGUCAAAGGCACAGGCACUUUUCACUAAAGUCAACGCUAUCGCCCAAGUCAAGAGCAUUGUGCACCUGCAAGCUGUUUUCUACAACGAAAUCGAUUUACUGCCGGAGCGAAAUCAGUGCGCUUUUGAAUUUCGCCAAAUGGAUGAGCAAUAUCUAACGACUCCCAUCGAUCCAUUUUUAUAUUAAAAUUCGCGAGAGGAUAUUUUGAAUAAAUAUAUGGGAACAAAAAGAUGCGAAGAAGACAA